GUGUUAAAGAAUUUGCUGAACUGGGAGGGUCCAUUGUUGACCUGAAGCCCGGAGGCUGAAGCCCAGCCGGUGGAGCAACUCCAAGUCAGUAUCUGCCGGGAGCUAGAACCCAAGGUUCUUUGCCUUUCAGCCCAGAACCGACUGCUCAGCAGUUCCAGUCUGCACCCCUGGGUGGGGGUGUCCCAGGUCAAGCAGGAGGUGGAGUCAGGGCUGGAUUCCCGGACAGGCUGAGUCUGGAACCUGUGCUCUCAGCAGCUAGCCUGUGGAUCCCACAAGGAGCCUAAUUAGAAGAAUCCUUCGGGUUUCCUGACAGGACGGAUUUACCCUGCCUGGGCUGAGCUGAGGACUGACAUGGCCCGGCUGGUGACCACACAGCUGCUGCUGCUGCUGGCAUGGGUGAUUGCAUGGGGGGCCCAGCCCACGGCCUCACGGGCCAGGACUGAACUCCUCGAUGUCUGCAUGGAUGCCAAGCACCACAAGGAAAAGCCAAGCCCCGAGGACAAGUUACACGAGCAGUGCAGUCCCUGGAAAAAAAAGGCCUGCUGCUCCACCAACACCAGCCAGGAAGCCCACAAGGACAUUUCCUACCUGUACAGAUUCAACUGGGACCACUGUGGCAAGAUGGAGCCCGCCUGCAAGCGGCACUUCAUCCAGGACACCUGCCUGUAUGAGUGCUCCCCCAACCUGGGGCCCUGGAUCCAGCAGGUGGACCAGAGCUGGCGCAAAGAGCGGGUCCUGGAUGUGCCCCUGUGCAAAGAGGACUGUCAGCGCUGGUGGGAGGACUGCCGCACCUCCCACACCUGCAAGAGCAACUGGCACAAGGGCUGGAACUGGACCUCAGGAUUUAACCAGUGCCCGGUGGGAGCUGCCUGCCACCCUUUCCACUUCUACUUCCCUACGCCUGCUGCUCUGUGUGAAGAGAUCUGGAGUCACUCCUACAAGGCUAGCAACUACAGCCGAGGGAGCGGCCGCUGCAUCCAGAUGUGGUUCGACCCGGCCCAGGGCAACCCCAAUGAGGAGGUGGCGAGGUUCUAUGCUGAGGCCAUGAGUGAGGCUGCGCUCCACAGGGCCUGGCCUCUCCUGCCCAGUCUGGUCCCUCUGCUGCUCUUUCUGCUCAGCUGAGUGUCUUUUGUAUCUCAUUCUUGGACAUCCUUCCCCUGUUUAUCCCCAUGGCUCGCAACUACUGGGUUCCUGCUCCAUGGCGGGGCCACUGACAGCAGGUUCAAAUAAACCAGAAAAUCCA